AGGUCAUAGAAUAUCACGCCGGCAGGUCAUUUCAUGAGAUUAGUUUGGACUAGUUUUUGAUGUCACAGUCAAAUCAUUAAAUAUGAAGAAUCUAAAAAACAUAAGCAAGUAUCUGGUACAGCUUGGGGACAGUUGAGUAUCCUUCGUAUAGUGCGGAUUUUCUGUCAAAAAAUGUUAGUAAUAUACAAUGAAUCGCGUACCAAGUGGAGAGCUCAAAACCAAUUUAACUAACGAACUAAGGAUGAUCGUUGAAUCUACGCUUUUAAGAUCCGAUAAAUUGCCGUUUUCGAUGAUUUUGUCAUCCUGCCAGCCCAAAGCCUUGAGGCUUCUUACAGACGAAAAGCUAUCAAAGCUACUUGUUGGAAAUGAAAGUAUACUCACCCAGAGCCCGAAGAAGUUUUUUCUUGCAUUGGUAAGCCCACACGCGACCACCCUCUGUCGUCCGAGUCGAUGCAUCUACCUUUCUGAUUGGCUUAUCAAGGUCAGUUGCCUGAGUCUUCCGGGGCGAUCAUGGAUGAUGAAAUUUUCCAUGAUGACUAUCAGCUCAGAAACGUUGAGAUCGGCGUUAUCGCCAUCGCUACAGAAAUAAUGCAUGGGUUGAAAUUGAACACGUUUUUGUAGUAAUCGAAUUAAAAUAUGCUUAAACUCUUUCACCAAUAGUUGGUUGCAGUGCAUAUCCACAGUUGGAGACUUAAGCUGCUUGGACUGUUAUACUUCAUAUCUCCUAUCAGCUCAUUAUAAAGUGUCUCUGAUGGCAUCGCGAUAAUAAUAACUACUCGGUUAGAUGGGCUGAGACGGCGAUGAAGCACCAUCGAUUCUAUCCAAUCGUACAGCUUGACCUCGCAUUAAAGUAGAUCUGCUUGACUCGAUCAUUGGGGCAGGGUCGGUUGUUUCGUUUCAAUCUCCGAUCUAAUGUCAUCGACAUGGCUGUACAACCAAUGUUGUCGCCGAAUAUAGCAGCGGCACUCUACGUAAUCGAUCCCAGUGCUGAUUCUGUAGCUCCCUAUCUGUCCUGAGGCGAUACAAGUGCUUGUUGUACCUCCCUGUCGUAGUUAGGAUGAUCGAGGUCGAUUUUUUUAGUCCAAAACGAAAGUCGUAUUUUGUAAUAUUUAUUAUUCAUGAAGCAUUCGCUGCUGACGCACUUGUUCCAUCAUGGCGUCCAGA